UCUUCAAAUCCUCGCAGAACACGUGAACGCAUCACGAGGCAGUACAUAAGGUAAGAGGUUGCUCCAGGCUGGGAGGUAGCGGUCCAGCUAACUUUUAGAGCUAGCUAUGCCUGGCAAAUGUAAAUUCCAAGAUUCCUGGCUCGCAAAGGAUGUUUACAAGGACUGGCUGGUUAAGGACGUCCAGGACAUUCAUUUUGCCCGAUGCAGGGCCUGUUGCAAAUCAAUCAAACUUCAGACGAUGGGCGAGGCUGCCCUUACCAGCCACGCAGGGGGAGCUGGCCACAAAGCAGCGGUCCGCAAGCUGCUGGAAGGCUGUUUGAUGGUGACAGGACAGGUGAAUGGCAGCGUGAAUCAGGCAGAGGACAGCAAGGAGCAAGUGGCCAUCUGCCUCCAGCGUGACGCCUUGGACAGAAUAACAGGCAACGACUGGUCAGAUCUGCACCACAGCCCCUCUACAAACUCCACCUCCCACAAUGCAGAGCUACAGGAUGUGGCAUUCCCUGCUGCCUACUUCACAGCACCAGCCUUAUUCUCUAAACUGCAGCUCCUGGUGUUAAACAGCCUUGAAAGCACCUCUAGGCUCAGCAGCCAGCAUCUCCAACCAUCAGGCGGCAAGACGGAAGACGCCGGGCGCCGCCCAGCUCAGCACGACUCCGUAGACCUGUCCAGACUGGAGCACCAGCAGAGAUCGGACGCUCUGGAGCAGCAGCAGCAGAUGAAGAUCCUGGAGUGGGAGAAUAGGAUGAAGGUGCUGGCGUGGGAGCAGGAGCUGGUGAGGGAGAAGAGGAGAGCAGCCCGGCAGAAGGAGAAAGCCUUCAGGAUGAAGAAGGCCUACUACAAGGCCAAGCUAAAGAGGAUGGGCGAGGACGUGCCGCCGUCUUCCUCCAGUAGUGGCGACGAAGCGGAGAAAACGUCUGACCCGACUGGCUGAUACGCUCAAAUGUUUCUAUUUUUCGGAGUGUCAUUCUUGUAUUGUUUUGUGUAUACGCCAUGACACUACUUUUUGUUUUUUGUUACACAUUGCUGCUGAAGAGUUUCACAUUGAGCAACAAUUGUUGUAAUCACGGCAGCCAAUCCCUCUGCAAUGUGAGUUCCAUCUUAAUAGAGAAACAUUUUAAGCAGUUUUUGAACUAAUCUUUAAAAACGACACAACAGUACAGAGAACUGUAAGUCACUUUAAACUCCUUGUUGAAAUGCUUUGUAAUGACAACCCUGUUUUAUGUGUCAUCUAUCACAAUCUUGCCCCGGAUUGAAAAAAUCAAUUUUCAUUGAUCGUCUUAACGGUGUAUUUUUUAUUUUAAUUUUUUUAAAGGUGAAAGUUCGUUCGAGGUUAUUUUAAAAGAAGAAUGUACGGAGGUGACACGCACAUGGGACGAAAUGACAUUCCUAAAAGGACAAUCUUUUAACAGGCUUUUUUAGUGCAUGCUUUAACUUUGUUUUUGAUAUGUAAGUAAACAAAUGUGUAAGUGAAUAAAUAAGUGGGAGAAACAGGUACCACACUGAUGUAUGUGCACACCUGUGAUUGUUCUGCGUCUUCUUCUGAAAAUGAGAGGUCUGUAAUAUUGAGUUGUAAGACAGCAUAUCGAGGAAAGUAUUGGGUCACACCACUUACCUACAAAUACACUGGAGUACAUGGACAGAAGGUCAGGUUGCCUUGUGUCCACAUUCUUUUGGCCAUUUUUAAAGUUCUCUGCUGGGACUGUGGUGGUAGGAGGGGUUCCACCACCACAGUGCUGUUUAAAAAAGAAAACUCUUUAAGAGUAUCUUCAGCAAAAUAAUUAGGCGCACUCAGCGAUCGUCAAAAACACCAAAAGAGGCCAUUAUCUUUUUGAUGAAUGCUGUUAAGGCCCCCGGUACAGUUCAAACACUUAGAGAAUAGAUGAAAAAUGCAACGCUUUGAAAAAUGGCUGCUCUCCCUCUGCUUUAUGCCAGCUGACACUCAGGAGAGAGUGGUAUUGAUCUUCACAGCCAACUUUUGGCAGGAAGCAUAUUUCCCAAAAAUGUCCAUUUCCCCCCCCUUCGGAUCCCAACGUUUUAGAUCAAAUAUUUUUAGCUUUACUACUGCACAUCAGUGCCUAAUGAACCUGGCUGUGAACAAACGGUAACAUUAAUAAUCUAAUAAGAGCACUGAUGAGUUUUUGCUUCAGCCCUGCGUAGGUUAAAAUCUUAAGAUGUAUGUAUGCUCCGCUGAUCCCCGCCGUCUCUUGAGUUGAACGUCUCCGCCCUCCUCUGAUGUCUCUGAAUGUGACAGAAUACUUUGAGAGUCAACGCAAGUCAGGGAGAGGAGCCUUCUAGAGAAAAAGGUGUCACCCUGUCACAGGAUCUUUCCUCCGCUCACUUUUUCUACACCUGAAAAUGUCUGUUGGCAUGAAUAUGAAACAGCAAAGCUCUUUGUGUCUCCCAGACAAGAAUAAUCAGAAAGAACACAGAGCCUUGUAGGAAUAAGUCAUUUUUUUUCUUUUUUAAUGUCCAACAUUUCUCUUGUUUCCGCGGUAACAGGGGAACAGCUGUUUCCAUCCAGACGGCAAGAUAGAAGGCAUCCAAUAAUGAACACACAAGCUAACAAAUACAACCUCCCAUCAUCUCUCCACCUCUCUCUGUUCCUCUCCUUUUGUCUCUAAUCAUCUUUUGUUGUUGUUGUUGUUGGUUUUUGCUUGUUUGUUUGUCUGCCCUCGCUUCUGUGGCUCGGAUUGGUCCGAACUACUGUUAAACCUGUAGUCAAUUAAUUGGAUAGAUUACCAGUUAAGAUUAGACAACAGAUCCAGUUUGAAUACUGACUAAACUCUUCAGAUUUGAAUUCCAGGUGUAAGUUCGGAUUCUUUUCUUGCCUUUCAUCUGUGGAUUUGUAGCCAUGAGAGUCAGAUGACAGGAAAUGUUACAUAUGACAACAAGAACAUUUGCACACACACGCGCACACACACACACGCUUCCUCAACAUCCUCUCAUUCAGAUGGCGAAAAUAAGAAACCAAUACAGUGUCAAUAAAUUAUCAAUAAAUAAAGUAAAUCUCAUGUCUUUCAAAGUUGAAGGUCAGCUGAAGAAAAAUAUAGAUGGAGAAGAAAAUAGGAUUUGUCAGGCUAACAGACCGGUGGGUGGUGUUGCGCUGCACUCGGGACUUUUUUGGCAAUAAUACUGUCGCAAAUAGGUUGUGCUUGUCACGUCUCAGGGACACGGGACCGGCAGAGCAGCGGUCAGAGCAGGCAGAUAUGCACUUAUUUGUAAGGUGUGUGUUUAUUUCCACUUCGAGCGUUUCCAUCCACGUGUCUUUUUUUCUCUCUGUCUCCCUGUGAUGAGUAACAUCCACGCCUUCCUCCCUGCGGCUACAUUUCUGCAGUCAUGUUUCCUGACCCAAUUUGUUCUUCUUGCAACCUUGCCUGAUUUGGUAUCUUUUUUUAAAAAAAAAAUCUUUCCCGUUAUGCAAUAUCUUAGCCUUAUUUUUUCAUUUAUUACUUUUUGCAUUGGCUUUUGGCUGUUUUCUGCUCAAAGACACAGACAACACAUGUUGGCAACACAGAACUCCCAUUUUCCUUCAGUUUUUACAACCCGCUGUAGUUUCCUAUAGAAAAAAGCCUCCCUGUCCCCGUCUCCACUCCUGAAAACACCCAUGUGUUGUUACCUUAAAGGCUGAACUCUGGGCUUCCUCCGACAGCUGCGAGAAAGGUGCAGCUGCUGAUGGAAAGACCUGCAUCUCGAAACCACUUAGAGGCUUUUAGCGCUGACACAGCUGACAUCUCCUCUCCCCUCUGCAAUCUGCCGCAGAAGCUUUGACAGAUCUUGAAAGAUAACUCGUUUUUUGUGAAACCAUCUAAAUGAGAAUCUGAAUAAAUAAAAAUCAGUUUUCGUGGUUUUUUUUGUGGGCUCGUGUUCGAUUGUUUCUGAAGCAUGAGCUUCUUUUCUGUUGAAUUUCUCAAAUAUAAAGGAGCAAUUUAAAUAUUCAGGUUGGCACCAUGCUGUGAACAUACCACAGUGCUGCUUUCAUGUCUUCACACAAAUAUCUGAGUGUGUUACGAUGACUCUUAUCCGCUCCCUUCCCACAUGAAAAUCCGCUUGCUUAU